AUGACUAAAGACAUUGAAGACGAGAUUACAAAAACCCGAAAGGUUUUGGAAGAAACAUCUAUAUCCCACACGGAAGAUGAAGGCAUUGAUGAAGAAGAAGAGGAGGACGAUGGUGAUGACAAAGAUAAUGGUGCAGUGGAGUAUCCUGGGACAGUAUUGCCCGACCCUCAUCCCCAGGAAAUUGAGGCUGACUUUGACUUGACCAGAGACUAUGAGCCAGACAUCCAAUACCUUGACUUGAUUCACUUGAAAAUUUCAAGCUUGGAGGACCUUCACUUGAGUCGCUUUCAGAAAUUGGAAUCGCUCUGUCUCAGACAGAACUUGCUCACAUCCAUCUCAUCGAUUGGCGACUUACCUGUUGAAACAAUGGAAGAAAUUGAUCUCUAUGAUAACAGAAUCAACCAUAUCAGCAGCCUGGUCAAUAAAUUUGUGAAUUUAACCAGUUUGGAUUUUUCAUUUAACAGAAUCAAGAACAUCAAGAACAUUGAUAAAUUGGUGAAAUUGGAGAACUUAUAUUUUGUUCAAAACAAAAUCAAAGAAAUAAAGAAUCUAGAGACGUUGAAGAACUUGAAAAACCUUGAGUUAGGGGGCAAUAAGAUAGAAGAAAUUAGCGAAACGAUGCACGCACUUCCGUCGCUUGAGCAAUUAUGGUUGGGCAAGAAUCGUAUAUCUAAAUUCCAAAACUUGUCUAGUUUAGUGAAUUUGAGAGUGCUUUCUAUACAGUCGAACAGAAUUGUUAAGAUUGAAGGGUUGGAGGAUUUAGUGAAUCUCGAAGAGCUCUACGUGUCUCACAAUGGUAUAUCUAAAAUCGAAAACUUGGACAAUAACAAAAAGCUCACAGUUCUUGAUGUGACAUCGAACAGAAUAUCUAAGCUCGAGAACCUUUCGCAUCUCACCAAACUUACAGACUUUUGGUGUUCGUAUAACCAAGUUUCAUCAUUUGAGGAGGUAAAUGAGCAAUUGGGAAAGUUGCCUGAGCUAGAUACUGUCUACUUUGAAGGAAACCCACUCCAGACAUCUAAUCCCACGGCUUACAGACGGAAACUUCGCCUCAACUUGGGUCCUAGUUUGGCCAAGAUCGAUGCCACGUACGUCAGAGGAUAG